AUGAUUGAAGCAAAACCGGUGGGCACUCCAUUAGCAAACCACUUCAAGCUUUCUGUUGAUAUGUGCCCCAAGUCGGACAAGGAGACUCAGGAUAUGGUGGAGAUACCUUAUGCCAGUGUUGUUGGAUGUCUGAUGUAUGCCAUGGUAUGUACCCGUCAUGAUUUAGCUCAUGUUGUUGGUCAAGUUUGCAAGUAUAUGUCUAGGCCGGGUAAACAGCAUUGGGAGGCAGUCAAAUGGAUUUUCAGAUAUUUGAAAGGAGAUCUACCAUUAGGUAUGUCUUCACUCUUGGUGGAGGGCCUAUUUGGUGGAGGUCGAAUACUCAGCCUAUAG